CUUUUUCCUAUAUAACCUUCUCAGAGAUCAAUCAGUUUGCAAUUGAGAUAGACGAAAAAGAGGAGGAGAUAAAGAUUAUUGAAAUUUCUGGUUGCUCCAAAUUGAAUCAAGAUGUACGCAAGAAGGUCAAGGUAUUCGCGCUCUCGAUCUCCAUAUGACCGAUAUAGUAGGUCUGUUUCGAGAUCGGUAUCAAAAUCCAGGUCGAGGAGUCGAUCUAGGAGUGUGGAAAAUCCUGGGAAUAAUCUCUAUGUCACCGGUUUAUCCCCUCGGAUUACGAAGAAAGAAUUGGAGAAACAUUUCUCAAGUGAAGGAGGAAAGGUGGUAGAUACCCACCUUGUGGUUGAUCCUCGUACCAGGGAGUCUCGCGGGUUUGGAUUUGUGACUAUGUCCAAUGUAGAGGAAGCUAAUCGCUGCCUUAAAUAUCUGGAUCAUUCGGUCCUAGAAGGUCGUGUCAUCACUGUGGAAAAGGCAAAGAGACGAAGGGGAAGAACACCAACCCCUGGCAGGUAUCUUGGACCUAAAAGUGCCCAUGUGCGCCGUCGAUCUUGUAGCUACUCUUCACACAGUAGGAGUCGUUCCAGAUCUCCUCGUUACUCCUCAGAGAGGGACAGGGAAAUAUCACACUCUCCUGACAGGCGCAGGUAUUCCAGGUCUCGUUCCCCAUACAGUAGAUCUCCAGACAGCAGGGGCGAGAGAUCUUACCGAGCACAUUCACGUGAUCGCUCUGUGACUCCCUACACUGGAAGGUGUGAUCGGUCGUACUCCCCGUAUUAUCAUAGAAGAAGACGCGAUCGUUCUGUGACUCCAUAUAUGAGAAGGCAUGAUCGAUCAUACUCACCCUAUCGCUACAGAAGAAGACGUGACCGUUCAGUUUCUCCUUACUAUAGAAGGCGUGAUCGUUCUGUUUCUGUGGACUCAGGAAGGCGCGAUUUUUCUGCUUCGCCCCGUCGUCGAAGGCAUUACCAUAGAGGCUCAUUGUCGCCCCGUUCCAGAAGGCAGUACAACUCUCCUUACGCAUCCUCUUCCAGUCGGAGUGUUUCACCAAGGGGUAGGAGGAGCUCAAGGAGAAGCUACUCUCGCAGUGCAUCUCCCGUAUUGAGAAAACACAGGAAAAGCUACUCCCCCAGCCCACGUCGAGGGCAAAGUAGGAGCUCACGACAUUAUUCUCCUAGUGCAUCACCACCACCCAGGUCAAGGAGUGCUAGUUUGUCCUCACGCUCAAUAUCUGCUUCAUCGAGGUCAAGAUCUCCUACACCUGUGUGACACUGAGGAAAAUUCCUCACUGAAUUGUGGAAGCAUUUACCAUAUUGUUAAGCAGGCGAACUUUGAAAGUAAUAUAGUAUUAAAUUAAUUGCUUUGGAGUCCAUCCAUCUGUGUUGUUCGUGUAGUGUCUCAGCUUAGUUUUAUCUACAGAUGUUAUGUUUAAAAUGUAGCCUUUCUUUCUGCAUGGAAGUAUCCACUUUGAUUGCUGAAUGAAUGCUUUGUUCCGUAUGUAUCUUUGAUUUUAGUAGGCAAAAUGCAGUACCUGUAAAGUUUAAAAGGA